CUCACAAUCUCACAAAACGCAGCAAGAGACGGAGUGUUGUUUAUUUAAAAAAGAAAAAAUAAGAAAACUAAAUGGCGAGUCUCAAUCUUUUCUCUAUCUCAAUCUCACCUUCUCAAAUUACACUUUUGCCAUCCACCUUCCUCUCCAUCAACAACGGGACACGACGCCUUGCUAUCGCCGCCCGAUCUCACCGUGUACCACGCCGGAAGAUUCGUAAGAGACCUCCGGACAGAGAUAUGUCCUCCAUAGUUUCAAUCCCGGAGCUUCCUCGCCGGCGCGAUUCUGAGGAAAGCUUGCUUCUAGAUUCUCGAAUCAGUGUAGCUGAAGGAGAUACAUCGAAUACAAAUGUAGAAGAAGACAGAGAUACUUCUAGUAUUAGAACACAGCCUCCUCGUAAAGAAAGAAAUCUUAGUAUCACCAGAAGCAAAUUCUACGGGGUUGAAUUAUCACCAGACAAUGUUGCUGUAGCAAUGGUGUAUUUUGUUCAAGGUGUUUUAGGACUCGCGAGGCUCGCUGUUAGUUUCUAUUUAAAAGAUGAUUUGCGUCUUGAUCCUGCUGAGACAGCUGUGAUUACGGGUCUUUCUUCGUUGCCGUGGCUUGUUAAGCCUCUCUACGGUUUUAUCAGUGAUUCAGUGCCUCUAUUUGGCUAUCGAAGGAGGUCAUAUCUAGUUCUCUCGGGACUUCUUGGUGCAUUUUCGUGGAGUUUGAUGGCUGCUUUUGUUGACAGUAAAUAUAGUGCUGCUUUUUGUAUACUUCUCGGUUCCCUCUCUGUUGCCUUUUCUGAUGUUGUAGUAGACUCAAUGGUUGUGGAACGGGCUCGUGGUGAGUCACAAAGCGUGUCGGGAUCGCUGCAAUCUUUGUGCUGGGGAUCCUCAGCUUUUGGCGGGAUUGUGAGUUCCUACUUUAGCGGCUCCCUGGUGGAGUCUUAUGGUGUGAGGUUUGUAUUUGGGGUGACAGCUUUACUACCUUUGAUAACUUCAGCAGUUGCUGUUCUCGUGAACGAACAACGUGUUGUCAGACCAGCAUCAGGGCAGAAAGAGAACAUACCCUUGGUCAGUCCUGGCUUUCUUCAGACCUCAAAGCAGAACAUGAUUCAGCUAUGGAGUGCCAUUAAGCAACCAAAUGUUUUUCUCCCGACCUUGUUUAUAUUCUUAUGGCAAGCGACACCACACUCGGAUUCUGCAAUGUUUUACUUCACAACGAACAAACUCGGCUUUACUCCGGAGUUUCUGGGACGAGUUAAACUUGUGACCUCAAUUGCUUCAUUACUUGGAGUAGGACUGUACAAUGGAUUCCUGAAGACUGUUCCUUUGAGAAAAAUCUUUCUCGUGACGACAAUUUUUGGCACGGGUCUUGGGAUGACUCAGGUUAUCCUCGUGUCAGGUUUCAACAGACAGUUGGGAAUCAGCGACGAGUGGUUUGCUAUCGGAGACUCUCUAAUCCUAACAGUCCUUGCUCAGGCUUCAUUCAUGCCAGUUCUUGUGUUAGCAGCGAGAUUAUGUCCAGAAGGAAUGGAAGCAACUCUCUUUGCUACACUCAUGUCAAUCUCUAACGGAGGCAGUGUUCUAGGUGGGCUUAUGGGUGCAGGGCUGACUCAAGUUUUCGGCAUCACAAAAGACAGUUUUGGUAACUUAUCAACACUUAUUAUCCUAUGCAAUCUUAGCUCAUUGCUCCCUCUGCCUCUUCUCGGUCUUUUACCGCGAGAUUCUCCAGAUACUCUGGCUAAAGAUGAUGCAGACGUGGAGAUGAAGUCCAAUUAAGGAACAUGAUGUUAUAACUUUUUGGGGUUCUGUGUAUUCAGUUCCAACCCUGUUAUUACUUGAGAAGAAUGAAGCAGAAAUGUUGUAAUUCUAAAAACAAUAAACUCUUCGUUAAAUUGCAGAAACAUACUCAAUAUGCAAAAAAUAGAAAUGAUAGUAAA